CAGCACAAUGGAGUUGCAGAGAGGAAGAACAGAACCGUAAUGGACAUGGUGAGGAGCAUCUUGAAGGCCAAGGGAUUGCCAAAUUCUUUUUGGGGUGAAGCUGUUUCCUAUUCUGUUUAUUUGUUAAACAGGUCUCCAACAAGGAGUCUUCAAAAUGUUACUCUCGUAGAAGCAUGGAGUGGUUUCAAGCCAAGUGUGAAGCAUCUUAAGGUGUUUGGCUCUAUUGCAUUUGCUCAUGUGCCGGCACAAACAAGGACAAAGCUAGAUGAUCGUGGAGAGAAGACCAUCUUUGUUGGCUAUACUCGUGGAGGAUUCAAGCUGUUCAAUCCUGUGACUAAUAAGGUGAUUGUAAAUAGGGAUGUGACUUUCGCGGAAGAUGAAGCUUGGAGGUGGGAUCUGGAUACAAACAAUGACUCCCAAAGGCGAUCUGUCACUAUUCUUGAAGAAGAUUCUCAAGUUACAGCAACCAAUACUAAUGAAGAAGCUGCUGCACCAAGUUAUACUACACCAGAAAAUCCCAUGACACAGACUCUUCCUGAAGCUGGAAGACCGAGGAGACAAAGACAACCACCAGUUACUUUACAGGAUUAUGAGGUAACAUCCGAUGAUGCUAGUGAUGAUGAUGGAAAUCUAGUGCACUUUGCCAUGUUUGCAGAUUUAGAACCCGUAUUUUUUGAAGAAGCCAUUCAAGAUCCUAAAUGGGUGAAUGCCACGCUUGAGGAGAUGAAGGCAAUUGAGAAGAACAACACAUGGGAGCUUACUGACUUACCACAGGAUCAAAAAGCAAUUGAUGUCAAAUGGGUUUUCAAGACAAAGAUGAAGUCCAAUGGAGAGAUUGAAAGACAUAAAGCAAGAUUGGUGGCAAGAGGAUUUGAACAGCGUCCUGGCCAUGAUUAUCAGGAGGUGUUCUCUCCAGUAGCUCGAAUGGAGACCAUUAGAUUCAUUAUAGCUUGGGCUGCACAAAAUCAAUGGAAGAUUAAUCAAAUGGAUGUGAAGUCAGCAUUCUUAAAUGGUCCUCUUGAAGAAGAAGUCUUUGUCAGGCAACCACCAGGAUUCGUGAAAGAAGGAAGUGAAGAUAAAGUGUACAGAUUGAAGAAAGCACUUUACGGUUUGAAGCAAGCACCACGAGCAUGGAACAAGCGCAUUGAUUCAUUCUUUGUCAAGGCUGGAUUCAAGAAAUGUCCUUCUGAACAUGCUUUAUAUGUGAAGUUUAAUGAAUCUGGUGACAUUUUGAUACUUUGUCUUUAUGUUGAUGAUCUGAUAUUUACAAGCAACAGUACCAGAAUGAUUGAAGACUUCAAGAGGUCUAUGAUGCACGAAUUCGAGAUGAUGGAUCUUGGUUUAAUGUCUUACUUUCUGGGUAUAGAAGUGAUGCAAAGAGAAGAUGGGAUCUUUAUCUGUCAAAAGAGGUAUGCUUCUGAACUGUUAAGGAGGUUUCAUAUGCAUAAUUGCAAUCCAGCAAGAACUCUUGUGGAGGUUGGAACUAAGUUGUUCAAGGAGGGUGAUGACGUACGUGUUAAUCCCACUUUCUUCAAGCAACUUGUUGGGAGUUUGAGGUAUCUCACAUGCACACGACCUGACAUCUCCUAUGGUGUUGGAUUGAUUAGCAAGUUUAUGGAGUCCCCUCGUCAAUCUCAUUUGCAAGUUGCCAAGAGAAUUAUGAGGUACCUAAAGGGCACUUUUGAUCAUGGUCUAUUUUACUCUUCAUCUAGCAAUUGUGCUCUUGUAGGUUAUUCUGACAGUGAUUGGGGUGGAGACUUAGAUGAUCGUAAAAGCACUACUGGUUAUUGCUUUAAUUUUGGCAGUACAGCUUGUUCAUGGUCAUCAAAAAAGCAGUCGAUUGUUGCACUUUCAACCUGUGAAGCACAGUAUGUGGCGGUAGCCUCAAGUGCAUGUCAAGCAAUAUGGUUGCAAAGCUUGAAGAAUCAAGUUCGUGUCCAAAUUGAAGAACCUAUGAAGAUCUUUGUUGAUAAUAUUUCAGCUAUUAACUUGGCAAAGAACCCAGUCCAGCACGGAAGGAGCAAGCAUAUCGACAUAAGAUUUCAUUAUUUGCGAGACUUGAUUGACAAAAGGGUGAUUGAGUUAAAGUACUGCAAGUCCGAAAAUCAAGUUGCUGAUAUCCUCACUAAACCUUUGAAGUAUGAAGCUUUUGUCAAGUUGAAGAGUAUGAUGGGAAUAUCUGCUCUACCGAAUCAAGAUUAAGGUGGGGAUGUUGGAGUUAAUCCCGAUUUUCAAGCUAAUUGUUUUUGAAUGAGUCCUAGUUAGUGGAGUUUAUGUAUCCUACUAUUGUGGUUGCUGAUAACCACGUUUCCUUAUCUUUAAGUUUCAGUUUGUAGUGGCUAGAAAAUAGGAGUUUAUGCUUUAUUAGCCUAUUAUAAAUAGGCAGUUGUUAUUUAGUUUAAGGUGUAAUCAUCUUUAUCUAUUUCCAGCAAUAGAAGUGUCUUCUUCUU